CCCUCCCACAUCAGAAACUUGGAGAUUGAAAAAGAUGUCAAGAAAGAUAAAGGAACUCUAUAAUUGAUAAUUUAGAUACGCAGAGAUAAGAUUUCCUUUUGAUUUCUAUGUCUUUUUUGCCCUCCUUUCUAUUUCAUGGAAGUCAACUCGUUAAGAAAGAUUUGGGUUCCACAUCAGAAUGACUUCAGAAAUACACUCGCAUGUUUAUCUUGACAAGCAAGAGUAAUUGACCAAGCACUCCGCAAAAACAGCAUAUAAUUGGGAGAUUCCAGCCAGGUUUUCCAUCUCUUUCUUUUCUGUAUUCUUUUGAUCCUCAUCUUCUUCUGAAUCAUCCUCUGCGCGCGUCACCUCCGCUUUAUAGUCCUCGCAUUUCGGAAUAAGCCUCCGUAUUAUUCCUCUGAUCGGCUACCAUUUCCUCUGAUUCUCUGGAAUAGCUCUGUUUUGGCGAAGGAAAGGAGAGGUAGGGAUUUGAGAAGAGAAAGAAAUGGAUCACGCGGCGGAUGCUCAAAGGACUGAUUUGAUGACGAUCACUCGAUUCGUUCUGAACGAACAGUCAAAGCACAAGCAAUCGCGCGGCGAUUUCACCAUUCUCCUCAAUCACAUCGUCCUUGGCUGCAAAUUUGUCUGCUCUUCUGUUAGUAAGGCAGGGCUGGCAGAAGUGCUUGGACUUGCAGGGCAGACCAAUGUUCAAGGUGAAGAUCAAAAGAAAUUGGAUGUUCUUUCAAAUGAAGUGUUUGUCAAGGCCUUAGUUAGCAGUGGGCGUACUUGCAUUCUUGUUUCUGAAGAGAAUGAAGAUCCUAUAUUCGUGGAGCCAUCACAACGGGGAAAAUACAUUGUUGUAUUUGACCCUUUGGAUGGAUCUUCCAACAUUGACUGUGGUGUUUCCAUAGGAACUAUCUUUGGCAUUUAUCUGGUGAAGGAUCAGAAUAAUCCAACUCUUGAUGAUAUUUUGCAAUCUGGAAACAGCAUAUUAGCAGCUGGUUACUGCAUGUAUGGAAGCUCUUGUACGUUUGUGCUAAGCACAGGAAAUGGAGUAAAUGGUUUCACACUUGAUCCUUGCCUUGGGGAAUUCAUAUUGACACACCCAAAUAUCAAGAUACCGAAGAAAGGAAAAGUUUAUUCCGUGAAUGAGGGAAAUGCUAAAAAUUGGGACGAACCAACUGCCAAAUAUGUACAAAGCUGCAAGUAUCCUCAAGAUGGUUCACCAUCAAAGUCUCUUAGGUACAUUGGAAGCAUGGUUGCUGAUAUCCACCGGACACUGCUUUAUGGUGGUAUCUUCAUGUACCCUGCUGACAAGAAAAGCCCAAGUGGAAAACUCCGGAUUCUGUAUGAAGUGUUUCCCAUGUCAUACUUGAUGGAGCAAGCAGGAGGUCAAUCUUUUACAGGAAAACAAAGGGCACUUGACUUGGUUCCAGAGAAAGUACACGAUCGAUCUCCAAUAUUCUUAGGAAGUUACGAUGAUGUUGAGCAAAUCAAAGCUCUCUAUGCAGCAGAAGCAGAAGCAUCAAAUGGAGCAACGGAAAACGAUAUUGUUUAAUAAAUCUCUUUGAGCAUUAGUCGUACAAAAAAAAAACAACAGAAAUUGUCAAUUCCCAUUUGAUAAAUUCAUGUGUGUUGAUUGUUUCCCCCCACUUUUAAAAGCCAAUAUAUAAGCUUGUGUUGUUGUGAAGGACAGCACAGAUCUCAAUAUAGUCCCAUGCAUGGACAAUAAAUCAAUAUAUUAACUGGGAAUCAUUUUUAGUCUCAAUUUUCUUGAUAAACCCAAGAAGAUAAUUUAAAUA